UCGCUGAUUAGGGUAUUUCUAUUGGCCCUUUUCCAUGGGCUCUAUUUUUGCCGGGGCUUGGAUCCAUUCAGCCCGUUUUUUGCCCGUUUGUGAUGUAUCUUGAAGGGGGCGCUGUUACUCACGGCUCCAGCUGACUCCUGGUAAAUACUAGCAUGGCUGCGUCCAGUGUGUUCCGACCGGGGCUUUUCAACCACAGAGUAGCGAUAGUGACCGGCGGAGGGACCGGGAUCGGUAAAGCCAUCGCUGCGGAGCUGCUGGAGCUGGGCUGCAGUGUGGUGAUCUCCAGCAGGAAGGCAGAACGGCUGGAGGCAGCAACUCAAGAGAUGAGACAGAAGAUCCCCACCAGCAGCCCUGCAAGUGUCACCUCUGUACCCUGUAACAUCCGUAGUGAAGAUGAGGUGAAGACUCUUGUGUCAUCAGUGCUGAAGCAGUAUGGUAGGAUAGACUAUCUGGUGAACAACGGAGGCGGUCAGUUCAGCAGCCCAGUGGAGCACAUAGCCUCCAAAGGCUGGAAAGCUGUGAUAGACACCAACCUCACUGGAACCUUUUACUGCUGCAAGGAGGUCUACACAGUCUGGAUGAAGCAGCAUGGAGGAGUGAUUGUCAACAUCAUCGCCGACAUGUGGAAAGGCUUCCCAGGCAUGGCCCAUACAGGAGCAGCGAGGGCAGCAGUGGACAACCUAACCAAGACUUUGGCCAUCGAGUGGGCAUCCUCAGGAGUCCGAGUCAAUGCCUUGGCACCUGGAACAAUAUUUUCCAAAACGGCAAUGGAGAACUAUAAGGAGCUUGGACCUCAUCUCUUCAGGAUGUCCAUCCCAUUUAGCCCUGCAAAGAGAUUAGGAGUGCCAGAAGAGAUCUCUUCUGCUGUAUGCUUCCUGCUGUCCCCUGGUGCCUCGUACGUCUCUGGAGCCACCCUGAAGGUGGAUGCAGGACAGAGUCUGUACCACUCCCUAUGGGAGAUACCUGACCACGGCUCAUGGCCUGAAGCUCCACAGGGGGAAAACCUGGACGCUCUGAAGGAACUGCUCAAGCACCAAAGCAAACUUUAAUAAAUCCUGUUAUAUGCAAAACUAAAAACGUUUGGACAAUAAAUGCCACAAAGAUACAGCCGUAUAUCCACCAUGGCCAAUAGGCACUAAAUAUGUAGAGUGAUUUAUUGUGGAAAAUUUUAUAUAAAUUUGUAUAUGAUUACUACGUAUAUGUUAUGUUUUUGUUUUGUUUGGAUAGUGAGACAUAACUCAAAGAUUUGAAUUGUACUUAAAGAUAUUUUAAUUAUUAGCCUUUUUAGCUGUUUUAAUAAUAAUAAUACCCUAAUUUUUGUUUUAAUCAAAACAUAAGGGCUUUACAAAUGGAAAUUUAAAGGCUUUCAAACUACAAAACACCGAAACAGAAUAAAAAUGUAACCAUUAAAAUA